GUGCGCACGCGCUUCCGCGGAUUAAUGUCAAGGCACAAAAGUGGCGCUACACCGUUUUGAGCUCUACUCCGGUGGUUGCCUUUGUGAUGGACGGGGAGUCGGAACCAAACCCUGUCGUGGCAGAAGAUGUAGGGGAGCGGGUGGAGCCCAUGGAUGCCACUCCCUCUCCCCAGCAAAAGCCCACGCCUCCUUCCGAAGAGUCUAGUGAGGCAGUUUCCAUGGCAACGGAAGAUGGAGCCACAAAGAAGGGUGGCACAGAGGACAAUGAUGAUGAUGUGGUUCUCGUAGGGGAGGAAGCUCCCCAGCCUUCUGCCACAACCCUCUCCCAAGACACGCCCAGCACAGACUGCCCAGAGCUGGCAGCUGCUGUGGCAACUGUAGACACGUCCACAGCAGCAAAGACCCCAGGCUCUCCUGCGUCUUCCAACGCAUCUACAACAGCAGCAGCACCUCCGAAGCCUCCAACCACAACAACCGAGCCUAUUGUCAUUGAUGACGAGGAGGACUCUGAACAGAGAGACACGUCCUCGUCCACUCCGGUGCCUCCUGAAGGCACAUCUGCAUCCCACUCCCCAGGUGCACUCAGCAGCACUGAGCCAGAUUCUGAGAUCAGGAUAGCCAGUGUCACUACAUUAGGGUCUGCUAGCCAGAAAGGAGGCUCCACAGUAAAUUCCCCUCCACAUCCAGAGGAUGCUCAGCCAGACAUGAACCUGAUGAUAACCUCUGUGACAUCACUGCAAGGAGGAGCAGCAGCUGUCGCAGCAGCAGGUGAGGGCCAGGCGGAAGAAAAUGGUCUACAGAUCCACAAUACGUUCAGUCUGAAUCCUGACACCCCAUCUGGUCGACCAACCGCCUCCUUUAACCCUGGGCGGGGCUCAGGUCCCAUGGGCCAGCUGGUACAGAAUGGGGACAUGGGCACACACAAUAGAGCAGAUUCUUGGAUUUCUCAGUCAGCUUCGGUCCCCCGCAACCAAAAACAGACAGGGGUGGACUCUCCAUCACCAGCCACUUCGCUGCCCAAACCUCCAGGCCAGUCUUCCUCAACUACUUCCUCCUCAGGCUCCCAGCCACAGCCCAGGACAGUCAAGGUGACCUGUGCAAACUGUAAAAAGCCUCUGAAAAAAGGCCAAACAGCCUACCAGCGUAAAGGCUCCACACACCUGUUCUGCUCCACCACCUGUCUGUCUGCCUUCUCACACAAACCUGCCCCCAAGAAGAGCUGCACCAUGUGCAAAAAGGACAUCACAAACAUGAAGGGUACCAUUGUGGCCCAAGUCGACUCCAGCGAGUCUUUCCAGGAGUUCUGCAGCACUGGCUGCUUAGGCGCAUACGAGAACAAGCAAAAUCCUCCCAAAUCAAACCUCAAAACCAAAUGCACCGUCUGUGGCAAGCACACGGAGAUCCGGCAUGAGGUUAGCUUUAAGACUGUGACCCAUAAGAUCUGCAGCGACGCAUGUUUCAACGUUUACCGCAGGGCCAACGGUCUGAUCAUGAACUGCUGUGAGCAAUGUGGUGACUACCUUCCCAGCCGGGCAUCAGCCAACCACUCGCUUUUGGUUGACGGUCAGCAGAAACGCUUCUGCUGCCAGAACUGCAUCAGGGAGUACAAACAGGCUCACAGUAAACUUGAGAGCUGCCUGUCUUGCAAAACACUGAUUAAGACGGGAGAAGUACUCCAUAGCGUCGGGGCAGGUGGCACCAUGGUCUCCUACUGCUCUGUUAAUUGUAUGAACAAGGGCAAGCUGACAACAACAUCCUUCAUCAGCACAGAGCCCACCUGUCAUUUCUGUAAGAGGAAUUCUUUACCACAGUAUCAGGCCACGCUACCAGAGGGAAAUGUCCUUAACUUCUGCAGCUCACAGUGUGUAACCAAGUUCCAGAAUGCUACUCUUCAGACAGCCACCAAUGGACAGGCACCUUUGUCCACCACAAACAGCACAGUCAAGCUGAAAUGUAACUACUGUCGAGGAGCGUUCAGCUUGAAGCCUGAAAUACUGGAGUGGGAGGAUAAGGUCUACCAGUUCUGUAGUAAGACGUGUUGUGAAGACUACAAGAAACUUCAUUGUAUUGUGACAUUUUGCGAGUACUGCCAAGAGGAGAAGACACUACAUGAGAUGGUCAAGUUCUCGGGGGUCAAGAGACCGUUCUGCAGUGAAGGUUGCAAGUUGUUAUUCAAGCAGGAUUUUAUUAAGCGUUUGGGUCUGAAAUGUGUGAGCUGUAACCACUGCAACCAACUCUGUAAGAGAGGUGUAACCCGACAGCUCGGAGGCAUGACCCGGGACUUCUGCAGCGAGGCGUGUGCCAAGAAGUUCAACGACUGGUACUAUAAGGCGGCGAGGUGUGACUGUUGUAAGGUGCAGGGUAACCUGACAGAGUCUGUGAUGUGGAGGUCAGAGGUCAAGCAUUUCUGUGAUCAGGAGUGCCUGUUAAGGUUCUACUGCCAGCAGAAUGAGCCCAUCAUGGUCACACAGAAGGGCCCUGAGAAUACGACCUUAGGGGUUGAUGUGCCAGGGGCCAAACUUGGGCUGGUAAACCAGAGCACAGCGGCGUACACUGGCGGAGGUUUGGUGAGAGAUGUAAAGAACAAGGCGGUGCUCUGCAAACCACUCACACUGACCAAGGCUACCUACUGCAAGCCACACAUGCAGAGCAAGCUCUUACAGACAGAUGUAGAUGAUGGUGUGAAGAGGGAGUACGUGCCUGUACCUAUACCUGUGCCCGUGUUCAUUCCCAUGCCUAUGAAUAUGUAUUCACAGGUCACUCCCACUCCUCUCUCUCUGCCUGUACCGGUUCCUGUGCCUGUGUUCUUGCCCACUACCCUGCAGGGGGCAGAAGAGAUCGUCCAGACCAUCAACGAACUGAAAAACAAGGUGCCCUCUGAUCCUCUGGAGGCCGACCUGAUCACAAUGGCUGAGGUGAUAACAGAGGAUCGGAAGCCAGAUGUAAAGCCUGUGAAGGUGAAGAGGGAGCCUGAAGGCGAGGAGUCUUCCAGCAGCACCAGCAGCAGCUCUGAGGAAGAAGAGGAGGAGAAGUAUGAGCCUGACCUGGACUUGGAGGCAGACUUUCCUCAAGCCUCAGACCCCGCUCCUGUUCCAGAGGGAAUGGAUGAGGAUAUGAGCUUUGCUUUACCUUCAGUUCUGGCAGAGGAGAAGGAGGAACCGAAGGAGGAGGAGAAGGAGGAACCGAAGGAGAAGGAGGAACCGAAGGAGGAGGAGAAGGAGGAACCGAAGGAGGAAGCGAAGGAGGAGGCGAAGGAGGAAGCGAAGGAGUCGGCACCUCGACCGCAAUCCAGGAGAAAAGGGAACAAGAAGCUGGCACUGGAGGAGAAGUCAGAUGUAGCGUCGUCCUCUUCUUCAAAUUUAACAAACAGAACCUCAGAAGGACGAUCACUGCCUCUCAAAGCUCGCUACGGUAUCAAUGCCUGGAAACGCUGGGCACUGUCUCCUCCUGAUCAGUCGGAUGACACCAAAGCACAGGAAAGCUCCAAAGCAGCCCGGCCAAAAAGUAACCUCUUGUCAAUGAGUUCAGAGGAGCUGAACGUGGCUCUGUCCCGUUUUGUCAGGGAGGUCUGCAGGCCCAGUGGGGAGCGCUACUCUCCGGACAGCAUCCUCUACCUCUGUUUGGGGAUCCAGCAGCAUCUUCACUCCAAAGGCCGGAAGGAUGACCUGUUCAGUGAUCCAUGCUACCAGCAGUUUGGAGAGGAGCUUAACAAGGUCCUGAAGGACUGGCAGCCCAGUGUACUUCCUGAUGGCUCGCUGUGGGGUCGAGUGGAAGAGCAGAGCCUGUGGAGCAGUCGUCAUCUCGGGGAGCAGAGUCCCGCCGCUCUGCUGCGCUCGCUCAUUUACCUGAACACCAAAUACUUUGGCCUGCGCACCGUGGAGCAGCACCUGCGCCUCUCCUUCUCUAACGUCUACGGCCCGGACACACUCCAUCCUGUUACCAAGGAGACCACAGUCUGCAUCCACGUGCCUUCCAUCUCUCAGGAUCACCAUGUGCAAACAGAGUCGAGGAAGAGAAAACGAAAGGUCGAGGACGACGAGCAGGAGGAACGCGACAGCAACUCUGGAGACUCCGCCCAACGCUGCCCAGCUAAGAAGCACGAGUGUCACCUCUAUGAACUCUACAGAUCCAAGUGUCCUCUCUCGUUGCAGAAAAGCCUAGAUGUGUUUUAUGUUCAGCCGGAUCCGGCCUGCAGCCCAGAUGACCCGCUGUGGUUCAGCUCCACACCGCUGGACCGACGAAUCCUGGAGAGCCUCCUCAUCAGAGUCCUCCUCGUCAGGGACAUUUACUCAGACAAACAACUUCAGGAGGAAAACACGGAGGAAGAGGGUGGGGGUGAAACGGUUGGAGGGGAGUAGCAGUUGCUUGGACUUCUGUUGGUAGUCUGCAAAGACAGGAGGGGAGGGGGACACGUAGGGUAUAUAGUAGAAUGUGUCCUCUUCACCUGUCUUAUCUUGUAGUCCUCGUUUUCCUCUUCACUGACUUGCUGUUUCCUCCAGGUGAGGAACAUCCACAACAGAAAAAGCAGAGGCUGAUUAAAAGUAGUGGUGAAAAAGCAGCCCAAACUUUUACUUCUGCCUCAGAGAGGAAGCUUGAGGAGGACAGGCAUAGAGAUGAACUCCGAUAAAUAUGAGGAUGAGAGGGGAUGAAGAGCUCACUGUCACAAUUAAAUCAGGUAGAAAACGUGUAUUGACAGUUAUAUUUUCAUGACAGAAUUUUCUGUUGUGCAUUUCCAUGGAGUCUGAGUGUGUCCAUUAUGCUCAAGCAGCGUAAAAACAUUAAAGAUUUGCCAGAAUCCCACUUUUUAAGAAGUUAUAGCAGCCACUAGGAUACCACAGGGCAGUACCAAGCAGCACAGAGGCAAAGGCACACAGUUGAAACCAAAUUUACCACCAAGAAUGGGGAAGACAGCAGGAAGAAGUGUUCCCCAGCUGUGCUGUUCAGAAUCCCAUCGUUGAAGCAAUUGGCAGUUCAGCUUUAAAAAAAAAAACACUCCUGGUUCAAGUUUAGCAUUUCCAUGUCUGACAGAAAGAUCGCAGCUUUGACCGCAGACAUCUUUUCAGUGAAAGUAAGGGUGUCAUUUUUGUGUACAAGUAACAUUUGGUUUAGACCUGAGUCUCAUGCUUAAGUAGAAAUUUUGUGUUAAAGUGCAGUCAGACUGCUUUUAGUCUUGUUUUCACCCAUUCAAUCACAUCGCUAACGGCAGCAGUCGUCUGGAGAGCGCUAACAUUUAUCCCCACUGCUGCUCGAGUUGUUUACACACACACAUGUUGUAAAACAAGAAGACACAGAAUCGCCAACACCUUGAGAUUUUGUGCAAAACACAAACACGGGGUAAAAAUUGGAAGUUGGAUUCAUUCUGGAAAUGAACAUUGACUAAAUAGUGUCUGACUGCACUUCUGUGUCAGUUUCCUUCCUUGUAUUUAAGUUGGUGUCACACAAGAAUCACUUUCCUGCUUUCCAGCUCUGGUCAGAUGGUCAGACUUAACCUUUGACAGGGCAGAUGUGUUUGAGUGGGGUUUUUUUUAGUUUUUGUCAGUAUUGUAAAUGUGUACCACCAAUGAUGUCAAAGUCAAACUGAAAACUUUAGGUGUGAGAAAUUUUCCCUGCAUUAAAGUGGAGUUUCAGAAUUUCCAGUACAUGUGAGUAUGCAGCACAAGAUCAGCACCCUCUUUGUCCCAUUAACUGCGACCUGUUGUAUCCCACAUGUUCAUUAUGGGCCGCUUUCAUUCUCCCAUGAACCCACACGCUGCUCUUCCUUUGUCAGUACUGCUCUCAGGCUAAAACCGCUGCACCACAGGGGGACUUCAGCUCACAAGGGAAAGGAGUCAGGACUGAUCCCAGGACAGGAAAGGGUCUGACUCACUGCGGUGCAGUGGAAAGGCACCCUGCCAACAUGCUGCGUUUCUUUAUUGGACAUUAGGGAAACCUCCAUUCAUGCAAUGUAGCAUUACAUGCUUACUAAGCCCAAAUUGGGUUGCUUUGAUGUGUAAAUAUCUCCAAGGCGAGGCGCUUGUUUGAGACGGAGACGACGCAGAGGAACACUGUAGUUUGGGAUAAAGAAAAUGAAUUUGAAAACCCGCCUCCUGAGAAGCCUUGUUCUGUUUUUUUGUUUUUUAAAUACAGCUGAUUAUUUAUUUCUUUUUAUUAGUUUGACUGUAUCCUCUUUACACAUGGGCUUGAUUUUCUUGUUUGUUUUUUAAGUGGGGAUCAUUUCCUUCUCUUGCCGUUCAUUCAGAAUUUGCUGCAGACCUGCACCCUCCUCGCCCGUUAAAAGAAUUUUGGUGAACGAUGAAGGCCGUGGAUUAGUUUAACAACCCAUUGUUUGUCCCUGUGUUUGUAUUUGUAGUUUACUUUCAAUUUAACUUAGUUUAAGUAAUGAGCAUGUGUUAAGUGUCCUGUUCUUUGCUUUUGUAGAGCGGUAGCACUGCAAUGCAAAAGCUUGCUUCAUGACAUAUAAUUAGUUAGGUGCUAGAUCUUUAAAAAAAAUUUUUUUUUUUUUUUUUUGUGAACUGAACUUGUUUUUGAAGUUACACUAUCAUUUUUUUUUUUUUUUUUUUUUUUUACAUUUUACUUGUUCCCCCUCCUUUUUACUUUUUAAAGUUUGAUUAAAUUUCAUCAAGUAAAAAUGACAUUUAAAAUUCCAAGUAAUAUAAGAUUUGGAGUUGAAUAUGAGAUCGUGUGAAAGCUUCCACAGCCAUUCCUCAAAAUUUAAGGAAUGUCCUCUUAAUGCUGAGUUUGACUUUUCCAUGAAUGCAAUCAACAUCUGAAAUGUAUUGCUAACCUAAAACUUGUCCUCGUGCACAAUCCACAUCACACCCACCUGACUGAAGCGGAUUUAACUGGUGAACAAAGUCAGGGAAUACACUUCCAGAGUUUUAUUUUCCCAAAAGAACAGGUGUUCCUGUUCAUUUGUACAACUGUUUGCAUUUAUUAGGCUGAAGCUGCAGCAUGACAUUUCAGGAAGAACUGUUUGGAUUUGGAUGGAGAACACUGGUCAGAUUUUCUGACUCCAGAUCAGUGUGUUUAGAACAUUAAUUUCGUCUGUGAAAGUUUGAAGCAGACCUUGGAUCAGAGGACCCCAAUUAACAUGGCUGACUCAUAGGCAGCAGCCAAAUAUGCCACAGGUUUGGACCUACAGAAGAUGCUGUGGCUGGCUUUAAUGCCUAAUGUGAAUGUGCCUAUCUGUAUAUACUGAAAGUGAGUGACUGUGACUUGAGUCUGAUGCUAUGUGUGUGGGCUGAUAUGCUGAUACGGUCAUGUUAAAUAAAGAAGUCGUUUUCUAACCA